AUGUCCGACGAAGUUGUACAAUUGACUACAUUGGAAUCGAUGGAAGAGUUCCCAGUGAACCAACCUCAAUCGUCUCCUCAACGUAUAGCUAAAGAUAUUCUUGCAGGUACCACAGGUGGUAUCGCCCAAGUAUUAGUAGGUCAACCAUUCGAUACUACAAAAGUUAGACUACAAACCUCUACAAGGCCGACAGGUGUCCUAGAUGUAAUUAGAAACUUGGUUCGUGAAGAAGGCCCUAGAGCCUUCUAUAAAGGUACAUUGACCCCGUUGAUCGGCUGUGGUUUAUGUGUCUCCGUGCAAUUCGGUGUUAAUGAAUCCAUGAAACGUCUCUUACAUUCCAGACAUCCAAAUCGUACAACUUUAUCUUUACCAGAAUAUUAUCUUUGUGGUUUAACUGGUGGUUUUACCAAUUCGUUCUUAGCUUCACCAAUUGAACAUGUUAGGAUUAGAUUGCAAACUCAAAGAAAUCAAAAGAUUUUUAAUGGUCCAGUGGAUUGUAUUAAAAAAUUGAUUGAAAAUGGUGCAUUGAUGCGUGGGUUACCGGUAAUGAUGUUAAGAGCAGGUCAUGGACUUGGCUGUUAUUUUUUGGUGUAUGAAGCUUUAGUCUCAAGAGAAAUUCAUAAUGGAAUAAAACGUAUAGAGAUUCCUGCUUGGAAACUUUGUGGAUUUGGUGCAAUUGCAGGAACUGUAUUAUGGGUAGCUAUAUAUCCAUUAGAUGUUAUUAAAUCAGUUAUACAGACCGAUAAAUUAAAAAAUCCUGUUUACAAGAAUUCUAUGGUGAAAGUCGCCAAAUCAUUAUAUGCAAAAGAAGGUGCUAUGGCAUUCUUUAAAGGAUUUGUACCAACUAUAUUGAGAGCCUCUCCUGUGAAUGCAGCCACAUUUUUAUCAUUUGAAUGUGCAAUGAGAUUAAUGGGUUAA